AUGUCAACACCCACUAGACGGAAGCUUAUGCGGGAUAUGAAAAAGUUAUUAGAAGAACCACUUGAAAAUAUAUUGGCAGUCCCCAGUAAAGAAGAUAUAAUGGACUGGCGAGCAGUUAUAUUUGGCCCAGAGGACACUCCCUUUGAAGAUGGAGUAUUUGAGCUAAAGCUAUCAUUCACCGAGUCCUAUCCGCAGCAUCCACCAGAGAUAUCCUUUAUAUCUGAUAUGUUCCAUCCCAAUAUAUAUCCAAAUGGGGAACUUUGCCUAGACAUUCUUAAGAAUAGAUGGAAUUCGGCAUAUGGAAUUGGGCAGGCUCUUCUGUGUAUACAGUCUUUGCUUAACGACCCAAAUACAAACUCGCCUGCGAACUCAGUUGCAUCGAAUUUGUAUCUGAAUAAUUAUGUAGAAUAUACCAGACGGGUACGAAAUAGUGUUGAAAAGACUUGGGCAGCAAAGCUAAGCACUAACUAG